CCCGGCGUGACCUCUCCGGUGGUGGCGGCGCCGGCGGCUCGUUCCUUCCCCGGGUCGAGUUGACCUUCGGUGGCCGCUGGUGACGAUGUGGCGGCUGCUGGCUCGCGCUGGAGCGCCGCUUCUGCGGGCGUCCCUUCCAGAUUCUUGGGCGGCCCCUCCUGCCAGCGCAGGCCUGAAGACGCUGCUCCCGGUGCCAACCUUCGAUGAUGUUACCAUUCCUGAAAGGACCAAGCUGAGAUUCGUCGAGAGAAUGCCACUGGUGCCCAAAGUAAGAAAAGAACCUAAAAACCUGAACGACAUACGGGGACCUUCCACUGAAGACACCGAGUUCACAGAAGGCAGCUUUGCCAUCAUGGCCCUGGGUGGUGGCUACCUCCGCUGGGGCCACUUUGAAAUGAUGCGCCUGACAAUCAACCGCUCCAUGGACCCCAAGAACAUGUUCGCCCUGUGGAGAGUCCCAGCCCCUUUCAAGGCCGUAACCCGCAAGGGGGUGGGGCAGCGCAUGGGGGGAGGCAAAGGUGCCAUUGACCACUACGUGACACCCGUCAAGACCGGCCGCCUCAUCGUGGAGCUGGGCGGGCGCUGCGAAUUCAAAGAGGUGCGGUGGUUCCUCGAACAGGUGGCCCACAAGCUGCCCUUCCCAGCGAAGGUGGUGAGCCGGGAAACUCUAGAGAAGAUGCGGAAAGACCAAGAGGAGCGAGAGCGGAACAACCAGAACCCCUGGACCUUCGAGCGCAUCGCCACUGCCAACAUGCUAGGCAUCCGGAAGUACCUGAGCCCCUACGACCUGACCCACAAGGGGCGGUACUGGGGCAAGUUCUUCUUGCCUAAGCGUGUGUAGUGGUGCUCCGAGGGCCCUGGGAGAGGCGGACUCUACACGCUUCAAGUCUGGCUGGGGCCGGGUGGUGGCGCACCUGGCCGAGCGCACGUGUUGCAAUGCUCAAGGACCCAGGUUCAAGCCCCUGGUCCCCACCUGCAGGGGAAAAGCUUGGCAAGUGGUAAAAGAGGGUUGCAGGUACCUUUCCCUUCCUCUCGAUUUCUUACUGUUUCUAUCCAAUAAAGACC